AUGCCUGAGGAUAAAAAAAUGGCCGUUGACAAUGACACUCUCCCUUCCAAGAAGUCUUCCACCAUCAUGAGGAGCAGUGGAAGUACUGUGGCACAGGUGACCAUGCUGGAUGGUUCCAUCCUAGACGUGACUAUUGAAAGAAAAGCUAAAGGAAAAGAACUACUGGAUAGAGUUUGUGAAGCUAUCAAUUUGAUAGAGAAAGACUAUUUUGGUCUUGUAUAUGCAGAUAGACAUGAUCCUAGGAACUGGUUGGAUCUAGAGAAAAGAAUCAGUAAAUUUAUGAGAGAACCGUGGCAGUUCAGCUUCGAGGUGAAAUUCUAUCCGCCCGACCCCGCCCAGCUGCAGGAGGACAUCACCCGCUACCAGGUGUGCCUGCAGAUCCGCAACGACGUUCUCACCAAUCGGCUGCCCUGCUCGUUCGUCACCCACGCCCUUUUGGGCUCCUAUCUGGUGCAGUCCGAGCUGGGGGACUACGAACCGGACACGAUGGGCAAGAACUAUCUGAAGGAGUUCCGGUUCGCGCCCAACCAGAGCCAGGAUCUGGAGCAGAAGGUCGUCGAAUUGCACAGGACGCACAAGGGUCAAACACCAGCGGAGGCUGAACUACACUACCUAGAAAACGCCAAAAAAUUGGCAAUGUACGGGGUGGACUUGCACCCGGCAAAAGACUCCGAAGGCGUCGACAUCAUGUUAGGCGUUUGCGCUUCUGGUCUGCUGGUCUACAGAGACCGGCUCAGAAUAAACCGUUUCGCCUGGCCGAAAAUACUGAAGAUCAGCUACAAGCGACACAACUUCUAUAUCAAAAUACGACCGGGAGAAUUCGAACAGUUCGAGUCGACCAUCGGAUUCAAGCUGGCCAAUCACAGGGCGGCCAAGAAACUCUGGAAGACUUGCGUGGAACAUCACACAUUCUUCAGGUUGAUGUCUCCAGAAAUAAAUCAGAAGUCUUCGCUGUUCCCGAAACUGGGUUCAAAGUUCAGAUAUUCCGGUCGCACCCACUACGAGACCAGGAAGACUCCCAUCGAACGUCCCGCGCCCCAAUUCCAGCGUUCAUUGACCGGAAAACGUCUCAGUUCUCGGAGCAUGGACCCAUUGAGCGGGUUGAGGCCGGAAGACGAAUAUAACGAGACGAACAAGAGACACACGAUGUCUCAUCCGCCUGAGCACAUUCCCGAUAUCGAUACACAAAGUCCUGCCAAGAAGUCUCCUAAGGAGAAAAAAGAGAAGGAUAAGAAGACAAAACCUGUGGGAGGGAUAGCAGUUCUUCCCACUGGCGGCCUUUUCGGCAAAAAGGGGGACAAGGACAAAGAAAACCGUGACGUCAACGCUCCUGCCGAGCAAAACGGUUUUGAAGAGGCCCAAUUGAACUCGAGCAAUGAGCAAGAAAAAUCUCCGCAAGAGAAGAAGGACAGAUCAAAGAGCCCGGCCUUCCUCUUCGGCUCUAAAAAAGAGAAAUCCCCGAAGGAAAAACGCGAAAAAGAAAAGCUGGCCGCCACCCCGGAAGGGGGCCCUCCAGUCGGCUCCCCCCAACUGCCCGGCUACACCAGAGAGUACGACUACGAAACGCCAGAAGACCAAGUCACCCCUCGGCGCCCCUACGCCCAAGGCUUCAGCUACGAGAACCAGGGCGCGCCCUCGAGCCCCAAAACCGCCCAACAGUCUCCCGCGAACAAACGAGCCACCGCCACGGCUUUCAAUUACGCCCCGGGGGACGUCGACAAGCUCAUAAAGGUCCCCCGAGACCCCAAGUCCGAUUCCGCCGCUUUCUUGGAGGGAGAAAGGUACCUCCAUCACGCUCCUCCCGAAAUCCCUGCUGUUCCACCUCCUAUCGGCAAAAAAACUAGAGUUAUAACGUUGUUCGUCGUCACCGGUACCCGGGACCCCAAAACCGGCUACAUUGACGUAGCCACAGCCACCUCUGAUAAAACUACGGGUUCCCAAAAUAUCGAAACCGGUCUCAUCGAUUGCAAAUACGGCCUUAUCGAUCCCUCUAACGGUACAGUUAUCGUUACGGAUCCGCAGAACGGGCAAAAAGAGGUCGUCCAAGGCCACAUCGAUCCGAUCACCAAGCAGAUCGUGAUCACCUCGGGGUCCGUAAUUGAUCCCAAGUCUGGCAAGAAGAGCUCGUCUCUAGGACAGAUCAUCAGUAUAUCCGAGCAGCGACCGAGGAUGGCCAGUAAGCUAGUGGUGGUUCCCAAGAAGCGCAUCAUCAAGAUCACCGUCAUCACCGCCAAAAAGGACCCGAAGACCGGUCGCGUCGAAGCCGAGAAAGGCACUUCGGAGACCCUGGAAGCUCUACUCGACCCGGCCACAGGGAAAAUCGAGUCGAAGCUAGGCGUCAUCGACCCCUUCAACUCGAACAUAACCUCCAAGGAUGCCAAAACCGGCAAAACUGACGUCCACCGGGUGGAAAUCGAUCCCGACUUGGGCCACAUCAUAAUCAAGCAGGGCGUGGUGGAUCCUAGAACCGGUAAAAUGGACGCCAGUCUAGGACAGCUUGUCAAGGUGUCGGACCGAGGUGAUUCCAUCAUACCCGUCACCGCUGUGACGGCUAAACGAGAUGAAAAAACUGGUCAGCUUGACCCUACGAACGCCCACAAGGAAACCACCAACGGGAAACUGGAUCCGCAACGCAAUCUUAUUAUGACCAAGUACGGCUCCGUGGAUGUGAAGAACAGAAGGCUGAUAUCCCGCGAACCGAAGACCGGCAAAGUGGAAGAGCAUCCCAUACAGUUCGAUGCCCAAGACAACGUGAUCGUUCUAAACGGCGUGGUCGAUCCUAGAACUGGAGUUAGAGACAACAGCUUGAGCCAGAUCUUGCAGAUCGACUCCGAGAUAGAGCCCGAGGUGGUGGUGCUCUCGAAGUCCGGUAAAGUCGACAAGAAGGGUCUCGAUCCCAAGACCAUUUCUGUUCCGGAGAAGUCCACCGGUAUGUUCGAUCCGGAUACCAACAGAGUGUACACCAAGUAUGGCGUCAUUCAUCUCAUCAACGAAACCCUGAGCUUCACGGAUCCAAAAACCGGUAAAACUGAGCUCAAGCAAGGCCAGAGAGACGCCACAACCGGCGAGCUAGUUUUCAAGGGAUUGGUCAAUCCCAAAACCGGAAAAGUCGAUAAUAGUUUCGGCAGGAUCAUAAAGAUUGAGGUCAACAGUCCCCUGUCAGAUCCAGCGGUUAGCGCUUCUCCUACAGCUGUCAAAGAAGCCAAACCGGUAUCGCCUGUCAAAGUACCGAGUCCUAUUUCCACUCCCAGGGACAGAAGAGUGGUAAAACUCUUGGUCAUCACCGCUAAGAGAGACCCGAAAACUAAUCACCUCGACCUGGAGAAUGGUCAUGUGGACCAGUCGGCUGGAAUCCUAACCCCUUCAGGAGAAAUUGAGUCUAAAUACGGUCUGAUCAACCCCAAAAAGGGCACAGUUACCAUCACUGACCCUGCCACAGGCAAGCAAGAAACUGUUCAAGGUCAAAUUGAUCCAUCCACUGGCCAAAUACAAAUUGCCAGCGGACCAAUCAUUGAUCCUAGGACCGGAAAGAAAGAUACCAACUCUGGACAAGUUAUCAGUAUUGCUUCAUAUGAAGCUAAAGAUUCCGCUCCUGUCAAAAAUUUGCUACCGUCUCACCCGAUACCCAAGAAGAGGGUCAUCAAGGUAUUGGUCAUCACCAGCAAAAAAGAUCCGGCUACAGGUAGAAUUGACACAGAGAAAGGUACUGUCGAGAAAUUGACAGCUACAGUAGACCCAGUCAGCGGCAUCAUCGAGUCCAAAUAUGGCAAGAUCGACCCACACAACAAGAAAGUCAUCACCAAAGACAGAUCUGGCAAACUAGCUGUCACACCCAUCAAAGUAGACGAAAACACCGGUCAAAUUUAUAUAAACGAUAAUAUAGUCGACCACAAAACCGGCAAGGUCGAUCCCAACCUAUCACAAGUCAUCAAUGUCGUGGAUCCACAACACCCCGCGGUUGUCAUCACCACGAUCACCGCCCCACGAGACCCUAAAACUGGAGUUAUCGACUUGGCCAAUGGCAGAACCGAGGUGGCAAACGGCAAGAUCAUUCCCGAAACAGGAGAGAUAGUCACCAAACAAGGCACCAUCAACCUCAGACUAAUGAGAAUCAUGACUAGGGAUCCCAAGACCGGUAUCAUGCACGAGAGGCCGGUUCAAGUCGAUAAAGACGAGAAUAUCAUCGUAUCUUCUGGAGUCGUUGAUCCUAGAACUGGAUCACCCGCAGCCAAUCUCGUGCAGCUGAUCCAAGUGGGUCAAGAAGUCGAUCCGGAAAUCCAAGUACACACCUACGUUGGCAAGUUCGAUUCCAAGAAGAACACAAUCGAUUCGAAGAACGCUCAACCUGACACCACCCCUGGACUGUACGAUCCGGAUAGAAACAAAAUAUACACCAAGUACGGUCAUUUGGAUCCAGUAGCAGAAACCCUGACCGUUAUAGACCACAAAACUGGCAAGCCUGACACCAGACAAGGUCACAUCGAACCGAACACCGGGGAACUUCUGUUCAAGGGCGGCUUCGUCAACCCCAAGACUGGCAAGGUGGAAAAAGAUUUCGGAAGGGCUUUGACAGUUCACAUCACCGAACCGCCGAUCGAUCCGGUCGCUUCUCAGCAGCCCUCAGAACGAGAGCUACAAAGAGUGACGCCCGUCAAGACCGUGUCGCCACCAAAGCAGGUGACUCCCUCCAAACCUGUUGAAGUGAGUCCUGUCAAAGCUGCUGCUCCGGUAACGCCGAUCAAAGACGUAGUGCAAGGUAUCUUGCAUCCAAUUGCUAAGCACCGGAUCGUCAAGAUCAUGGUUAUAACUGCUAGAAAAGAUCCGAAAACUGGUGCUGUGGAUACGGAGAACGGUCACGUAGAACACUUGACUGGUAUAGUUGACCCCAAUACUGGUUUUAUCGAUACCAAAUAUGGUCAGAUCGACCCAGUUACUGGAGCACUCAUCGCUAAAGACCCGGCAACAGGUAAAAAUCAAAUUAUCCAGGGAAACGUCGAGCCUACGACUAGCCAAGUGGUUAUAAACGGAGGCCCAGUAGUUGAUCCGAAUACUGGCAAGCUGGACCCUACUCUAGGACAAGUGUUCUCUAUUGUUGGUCUCAAACAAGCACAAGAUCCUGUUGCUGCGCCUAUACCCAAAAAAAGGGUCAUCAAGAUCACUGUUAUAACUACCAAGAUUGAUCCCAAGACUGGUAGGAUGGAUCCAGAGAAGGGGCAGGUGGAGCAGUCCACAGCUCUGCUGAACCCAGAAACCGGGCUGAUAGAGUCCAAGUAUGGUCUCAUCGACCCCAAAAAUGGCAAGCUCAUUAUCAAUGAUCCCAAAUCGGGCAAAGUCGAUGCCAAGUCGGCGCAGGUGAAUGAGAACAACGGUCAAAUUAUCAUCGCCAGUGGAGUAGCUGACCCUAAAACCGGAAAAAUCGAUAGCUCUCUGGGACAGAUCAUCAGCAUUGCUGGUCAAAAUGACCCUAUUCUGGAAAUCACCACCAUCACUGCUAAGAGAGAUCCUAAAACUGGAUCGAUCGACUUAAACAACGGUCACAUGGAGAAUUCCAAAGCACAAAAGAUCUCUGCAACAGGUGAAAUCCGAACCAAGUACGGUACUGUCGAUGUGAAGAAUCUAACGCUCACCACUACUAAUCCAAAAACUGGAAAAGCAGAGUCCCGGCCCAUAGAGGUAGAUGCCGAAGGUGCUAUCAUAGUCCCGACCGGGGUCAAGGACCCUAAAACCGAUAUAGUCAACCCUGAACUUUGCCAGGUAAUCAGACUAGGUGCAGAAGUCGAACCAGAAGUCCAAGUAAUUUCGUUCGUCGGAAAGCUGGAUCCUAAGAAGAACACCAUCGACACCAAGUCUCUCGUACCAGAACUCUCAAACGGUCUUUACAACCCCUCGACUCACAAAGUCGACACCAAGUACGGUCAGAUCGACCCGGUGAAAGGCACCUUGACCCGCACAGACCCUAAAACCGGCAGGGCGGACGUCAAACAAGGUACAGUUGAUCCAGCUACAGGCCAGCUGAUCUUCAAGGGAGGCUACGUGAAUCCCAAGACAGGGAAGGUCGAUCCCACGUUCGCUAGGUUGGUAGCCAUAUUGAUAACCGACCCGCAGAUCAACGAGACGGGAGAAUUGGUACCAAGGAGUGAUAAGAAUGUUAGGAUAGAUCCUAAAACUAAUCAAGUUUGGGUGUUCGACCAUCAUGAUCCUGUGUCAAAGGAAGAUGUUUAUUCUACCGGUCACGUAGAUCCUAUAACAGGCUAUGUAAUAACUGUUUACGGUUAUUUGGAUCCUAAAUCUGGGAGUAUUUCUAAGGUGGUCAAGGUUGAUCCUAAUAAUGCUAAAGUGGACCAAGAAACCAACCAGGUGUUCACGAAAACAGCUCAAAGAGACGAGAGCGGUGCUCCGUUGUACUCUGCCUCCGAGAUCGACCCUACCACCGGUCAAAUAUACACCAAGUACGGCAAGAUCGACCCCAAAACCGGCAAACUAGUGAUCGUCAGGAUCUACCUGAUCACGCAGAACGAUCCUUCCGGCAGAGUGAAGGAAAUAGACCCCAAGGACUGUCAGUUCGACGAGACAACCGGUCGCAUCGUCAACGUCACAACUCAGACCGUGUAUAUCUACAGCAUGGUGGACCCUAAAACCGGCAAAAUCGUCCAAGUGGAUCCUAACGAUCCCUUGGUGAAGAGCGCCAACACCAAAGUGACCCAAGUACUGACGCUCUCCGGCGAAAUAGACCCGGUGACAGGCAAGAUCCACACGGAGUGGGGCCACAUCGACCCGCAGACCGGCGAUAUAGAUCCGGGCACCGCCAGAACGGAUCCGGUGACCGGCGAGCUGAUCCUCAACUACGCCCAAAUCGAUCCCAGCCAUUUCGCCGAUCUCAAGGACACCAAGGUCAAGGUCAGGACGUACGCGGAGGGGGGUAGUGCUUCGGGAGAGAGCAGCGACGACGAUUUGAACGAGUACGCGGCCGAUGAUUUGCAGGACGUGGCGAAUUUGAGGAUUCCGAGGGGGGGCAAGGGGUUCAGCACCCCCGUGAUUGUGAAGACGACUACUAAGCAGAUCGUGACGAAGGACAAGGACGGGGUGAGGAGGAAUAUCGAGGAGAAGGUGGAGGACGGUAGGACGGGGGAGGUCACCUAUUCCAAGCAGUUCAAUAAGGCCGACGCCCCCGCACCGGAAGACGGCAAAUCGUCGCCGUUCGUGACGGCGCGCGCCGUCACUACGCGAACGGCGACGACGCACGAAGAUUUGGGGUCGAACGCGCGUACGCAGCAGCUCGAGGAGAAGACGGUGGCGCACUCGAUGACGUCGAGUGCCACCAGGCAGGAGCAGCGGGUGGUCACUCAAGAGGUGAAGACUACCAGUACGGUGGUUAGCGGCGAUCAGCUGGGCAGACGAGACAGCGUCAGUUCGACUAGCUCAGGUGAUUCCGGCACCCCCAUCGAUCCUCCCGAUGACCCCACUCACCCCUAUUACAACAGCGCCAUCUACCAGGAGGGUACGCCUGAAGGUAUAGUACAAACUGAGAGCAUCGUGUACCGCGGCGAUCCGACCGUCAUCCAGAGUACCACCAGCGUACCGGUUGUCGCCACCGAGGCGCGCAAAGUCAACCUCACUUCCGACGACGGUUCGUACAGUGCCACCGGCGAGAUAGUCAGCUCGCAGACUAUCAGCUCCAAGACCAGGACUGUGGAAACCAUAACUUAUAAAACUGAGAGAGAUGGCGUGGUGGAAACUAGAGUGGAACAGAAAAUUACCAUACAAUCUGACGGAGAUCCGAUAGACCACGAUAGGGCAUUGGCGGAAGCCAUUCAAGAAGCCACAGCAAUGAACCCUGACAUGACGGUAGAAAAAAUUGAAAUUCAGCAGCAGCACACGGCACAACCAUAAAUAUAACGAUUUUGACAACGUUUCAGAAAUUUUAAGCUGUGCUUCAUUCUUCGAUGUCAAUGUUUUUUCGAUUUGAUAUUUCAAAGCUUUGUAAAAAUCAUCAUUACCAUUCUUUUGCGUCUUUUUCAUCACUUUUCUGUCAGAAAUUUUGUACAU